AUGGAAGAGAAGAAGGAGAAAGAAAUCAAGGUACCGCAGAACAUAUCAUCCAUGGCUGCUUCUAAGAAUCUCUUUCUUGCGUCUCUCCUUCUAGCAAUCCUGCUUCGUGCCACGGCUCAGUGCCCGGAAGGCAAGCUCGACAUCGCCGUGGUGGAGACCGGCCGGACGGUGGCCGGAAAGAUGGAGUGGAAGGUGACCGUGACCAACAUUUGCUUCUGCACGCAAUCGAACUUGGUGCUGAACUGCCCCGACUUCUCCACCGCCGAGGCGAUCGACGAUGCCGUUUUCAGGCAGGUGGACCACGGCCACUGCCUCGUCAGGGGCGGAGAGCCCAUCCACGGCGAUGAAACCGUCACUUUCAAAUACGCAGCCGACCGCCAGACUCGCUUCUCCUACUCUUCUUCCACAAUCUCCUGCUCUUAG